GCCUCGCCCCCGCCCCCAGGACUCGGCUCCGCUCCGUCUCCUCCGGCUCCUUUAUUGCCCGCUUCAACAUGGCCGCCGAGCGUCCCCAUGGCAACGCGGGGCGGGAAGCGCGGCCCCCCCCCCCCCCCGCGCCCCCCACCCAGCGCCCCGUGGCCCCCAUUCAGCACCCAGUGGCCACCGCUGGUCACCCCACGGCUGACGUCCAGCACCCCGUGGCCACCAUCCAGCACCCUGUGGCCACCGUCAGCCCCCCCAUGGCUGAUGGCCAGCCGUCAGCCACCCCAUGGCUGAUGUCCAGCACCCCGUGGCCACCAUCAGUCACCCCACAGCUGAUGUCCAGCCCCCUGGGGCUAUCAUCCAGCACCCUGUGGCCACCAGCCAGUGUCCUACGGCCACCAUCCGCUGAUGUCCAGCACCCCAUGGCUACCAUCCAGCACCCCGUGGCCACCAGCCAGUGCUCCGUGGUCACCAGCCAGCGUCCCAAGGCCACAAUGCAGCACCCCACGGCCACUGUCCAGCGCCCCUCGGCAAAUGUGCGGCACCCCGUGGCCAUCAUCCAGCGCCCUGUGGCCAUGGCCACCGUCCAGCACCCCGUGGCCACCAUCCAGCGCUCCACAGUCGAUCUCCAGCGCCCCACAGCCGGUGCCCAGCACCCCACGGCCACCAAACAGCACCCCGUGGCCAAUGCCCAGUGCCCCAUGGAUGCCACCCAGCUCCCUGUGGCCACCACCCAGCGCCCCACGGGUGCCAUCCAGCGCCCCACAGCCACCAGCCAGCCCUCCGUGGCCACCACCCAGCACCCCAUGGAUGCCACCCAGCACCCUGUGGCCGAUGUCCAGGGCCCCACGGAUGCCACCCAGUGUCCAACGGCCACCACCCAAGGCCCCACAGAUGCCACGCAGCCCUCCAUGGCCAUCACCCAGCCCUCCGUGGCCACCACCCAGCCUGCCACAGGCGCCACCCAAG